AUGUAUUUGCUUCUCAGCUGCCUCUCGAGGCUUCGCAUUGGGAAACCUGCGUCCGUGAUCCUCUCUAAUGGCUUCUCAUCUUCCUCAGUGCAGACUCCUCCGUGUUCCAUCAUCUGCGCCGAUCCUUGUGGAGCGGGUCUCGGAAAACUCGUGAUUAUGAAUGCUAAUGAGGGUAAAUGCACUGAUUUGGAAAAGAAGGUGCCCCUGGAGUUGGUAGAUAGUGAUCCAAUGGUGACGAUAGGGGCAUCUCAUGGCUGGGUAGCUACUUUGAAGGACGACGGAGUAGUGCGUCUCCAAGAUGAUCUAAACCCGGUUGCAUCAGAUACAAACCCUAAACGCAUUCCCCUGCCUCCUCUUGUAACUUUGCCUCGCUGCCAAACCCAAAUCGUGACCAACGUGGCCAUGUCCUCAUCUUCUCCCAAGGAUGAGGACUGUGUCGUGGCUAUCAAGUUCUUGGGGCCUCAACUCAGCUUUUGUAGACCGGCACAAAGUAACUCCGAGUGGAUCAACAUCAGAAUCGCAAACCCCGGCUUCUUCUCCUCCCGUGUCAUGUAUUCCAAGAAAGAUGACAUGUUUCGUAUUCCCGGGUCUGGAGGCCACCUCAUCGGAUCAUGGGAUCCCCGCACAGAGUAUCACAAUCCCAAGAUUCAGAGGCUGCGAUUCCGAAACCUUCCCGAGCUUCCUAAGACCAAGAGGGAGCUUCUGGAUUCGUGCUACAGGAGUGAACACUUGGUGGAGUCAAGAACCACCGGUGAAACUUUCUUGGUAAAGUGGUACAAGAAGGCCACCACCAAAGAUACGGUAAAAAUGAAAACAAAAGCUGUAAUGGUGUUCAAGCUAGACGAAAAAGGAAACGCUGUUUACACUAAAGACAUUGGAGAUCUUUGCAUUUUUCUCUCAAAGUCUGAACCUUUCUGUAUCCCUGCUUCUUCCUUCCCUGGCAUGUCCCCUAACUACGUCCAAUUCUUCGAUGUCGAAGAGAGCAUCUCCGUCAGUCUGCCUCAUUCAUCCAUCGUUGGUGGAAAUUGUACAUUCAAGGCACCUUACCAGAUUCUACCUCAGAACAUAUGCUAGU